CUUUAAAGCUGCUCUAGGUUUAUGAAUAUAUUUGGCAGGAUUACUGAUUUAUUGAGAGGCCUUGAGUCGUAUGACUCAAUAGCAGGGCUUCAUUGUCUAUUACUGGUCGGCAUAUUACAUCCCUAGACCAGAUGCCAUCAAAGGAGGACAUCAAUCGCAGGUUCCUUCGAGAGGGAUGGCACCUGAGUCCCGAAGGAUUGGACGAGUGCAUUGACAUUGCAAAAGAAGAAGGUGGACAGAAAGAACCUGGAUAUGAAGCCAUUCUGCAAGCUGCUUUGGAUAGCGAUUUGAAGACAAUAGGAAGCGCAUCCCUACCAGAUGAUAUCACCCGAGCCAAAGGAGAUUUCCCGCUAGAGGAGAAUCUGGUGCUGCAGAUCCAGAAGAUCCGCAAUGUAGGUGCACCCAAGGCCAACGAAGAGUCUGCUUAUGCGCCUCGAAUGCUCAAACUUCAAUUGUCUGAUGGUCACAUCAAUUGCCAAGCUAUUGAGCUGCGGCAUUUAUCUGCCCUCAGCUUGGAAACCCCACCAGGCACUAAGGUGCGUCUGAAGGGCGGAGAUGUGUCUGUUUCUCAGGGACUUCUCCUGCUUGAACCUCGAAAUGUGGAAGUUCUUGGUGGACGUGUGCAGGACUUGGCUGACAGAUGGGAACUCACCCGGAAUGUGGCGAAAAACAUGAACCGGGGAGGACAAAGAGAAGGUGGACCCCCUCCUUGGAUCCCAUUUGGCCAAAAAAUCCUGAAGAACAAAGCUGAUAGAAACUUUAAGGCUCUAGAGACCACGAAAGCAACUCUGCCAGGUGAUGAUGAAUUUGAACAGCAGAGACAGGCCACAAUCAAAGAAGUGAGCAGCAUCGCGGAAGGGAAGAAAGUCUUUGGAGGUGGGAACAAGCAGUUGCUCGAUGCCGGUGUUCAAAAGAUCGUGAAUGCGGGCUUCUCGGUGGCUCAGGCCGAGCAGGCGCUCAAGUUCGCUCGUAAUAACGUGGAUAGAGCGCUUCACAAUCUGCAGCAAGAAGAGGCGAGGCGUGAAGGCAGGAGCGUGAGAAAGGAGCGGAGACGGGAAGACGAGGAUGACACGGCGGUUCCAGCGGCCCGACCGUCCGCACCCUCCACUCUCUUCGACUUCCUUCAAGACAAGAUCCCCAUAAAAGAGGGACAGGAGCAGAAGACUUCGUACAGAUCUCAAGGUCCGGAUCACUGGUCCAAGAGAGAGCAGGGAAGCCAGGGCAAAUCGUACCAAGGCCAAGGGAGUGGCAGGGAUAGAUACAGAGACAGAGACAGAGAUCGGGCUAGAGAUAGAGAUAGAGAUGAGGACAGACCGUGGCAGGACAACCAUUGGCAAAACCCCAAGGACGAAACGAGGAAAAACCCAUCGGGUGGAAGAAGGAAUCAGGCAUCCGGACCACGAAUGAACCAGACCCAACCUCGGCAGGGAAACCAGCAUUCCCAGAACAGCCGCAGAUGGGAUGAUUCCUCCGACCGGCGCCCUCCCCGAUACGACCCGUCUUAUCCGCCCCCGAACCCGCAAUUGCAAUGGCAGGGCCCGCCGACGCGGCCCGAGCCGAGACCCGAACCGAGGCCCGAACCGAGACCUGAGCCGAAUCUCGUGCAAGGGAUAGCGGGUCUCGACCUCUCUCGGCCGCCGCCUCGGAUCAAUCCCCGGCCGCCCGUCGCCGUCGGGGACGAAUGCAUGGCUAAGUAUUGGGACGACGGGAAGUGGUACCGAGCGAAGGUGACGGCCCUAGGGGCCCAGACUUGUGUGGUGCUUUUUCUCGAGUAUGGGAACCACGAGGAAGUGACUUACGCCGACAUCAUGCCUCCUCCCCGGCCCGAAGAUGAAUGGUCGAACUUUGCCGGAGAUACAUCUCGAAAUUUGGACUUCUCGAAUGGGGCCCUCAAGUCCAACUUCUCCGGGAUCGUGGAAUUCAAGAGAGGAGGGAGCAGACCCUUCUCAGAAUCUGCUCAGGGUCCUGGUCAAAGAUCAUUCUUCUGACCCCAUUUCUCUUCUUGCAGUUGAGGUUUUUUGCAAUAAGAUGUAUUUGCAGAGUUA